AGGACAUUUCCUACGGGGUUUACAAGCAUUUUGGCAAUUCAUUUCACGUUUUUUACAAGAGCAAGUUUGUGAAAAAGGACUUGGAAUCCCUCCCAUUGAAAAAAGAGCGCAACAAGAACAAGAUAUCACACACUUGCAGAAAGAACUUGCCAACUCGUCUUUGUGUGUGGUAUCAGGCUCAACGAGAACUGAACGACUUACUUGCAUUUCAACCGACGACGACAUCUUCUUUUGGCUACCUCGCUUUUUUCAUUCAUCGCUCUCGCCCUUCAUUCCCAUUAUCGCUCCGUUGUUGAAUUCUCUUACUAUUUUUUUUUUUUGUUUCUUUUUUGGAGUGACGCCUUCCGUCUUGCCACACACGUGUUCUGCCCUUCUUCCGUCUUCUUCUUCUUUUGAGUUGUUCGUCGUCGUUGUCCCUUUUUUUUUUUUUAUUGUCGUCGUCGUCGUCCUUUUACACCUCUCUGCAAUUGACACUUUAGCUUUCUUUCAACCCUCGAGUACAUUCCACGUUUGCAACAAACGUUACCACACCCCGCAACUGCGCACUCGUAACUGCGAAACAGCCCUGUUUCCUGCCACCUCUUGACAGUUGGACAAGUUCCCUUCUCGCACACACACACACACACACACACACACUUUGUUUGCUUGCUUUGAACGGUCUUACGCACACUUUAUCCUCCUCGCCUUUCUGCUUGAGCUUUUGGAGGAGCUUCCCUUGGACUCUCGCCUUUCCCUGCGCCCAUCACAUUGUAUCCUCUCUCGGUCUCACUUGCGCUCUCUUACUUUGUUGCGGUCUCCUGUCCUUUCUCUCUGCGUGUGUCCCUUGUUUGCCCGCUCGUUUGCCUUGCAACUCUCUACUGGAAAGGACACUAGUAUAACCGCUACCUCUCACAUACCUCGUUAUACCCCUUUGAAACCGUUCGAACGCUGUUGGUGCACUUUUGGGACUUUUUUGGACAGUGGGGCACUUUUGGCUUGCGUGCGGUUCCCCUCACCUUUUCCUCGGCACGCCGUUAGGGACCUCGGUGAACCACCCCUCCGCUCGCGAGCCUGUGGUGGUUGUGUGUGUGUGUCAAACGCAAAAGCAUGGACAAGGCCUUUGUCCCGAGGUGGUCGUCCUCAAACACCCAGCCAUCUCUGAUGCAGGGACCUCGACCGCGCACAGCUACCCACAGUGGUGGGAGCGGAAUCCAACAACAACAGCAACUACGCUCGCAUCACAAUAGUCAGGCGCGGCCGAGGACAGCUAGCGCUUCCUCGGCUCUGGGUUCAUUUGGGACAAAGGACCUGGUGUUGGGUCCCGGCGGUGCCAUGGGACGAGUUACUAGCACUACGACGACUACGACAAUGACAAAUGGGCAGACUGCAGGUACAAACGGCAAUGGAUAUUUGCCUACUAGCAAUGGAAAUUCAUCUGCGUGGGGGAAUGGUCACUCGAGUUCGAAUGUUUGGGGGCCGGUAACAGGAACCAACGGCAAUGGAAAUGCGAGUGCGUGGGGAGGUUCAAGUCUACAGGGAUCCCAUCAGGGAAUCCUUCAGGGGACGAAUUCGGGAACGACUAACGGAACGAAUGGCACCUCGGGUGCUUGGGGUGGAUCCCCCGUUCAGGGAACGAACGGCAAUGGAAAUGUAUGGGGUGCUGCGCCUGCCCAUCCGUCGGCUUCGGCCGCCCAUCCGGGCUUUCACCAGGGACGCCGCGGUGAACGUCGUGAGCGGCACACGUCUCAAAAUGGGAUCGUGGCGCCAGCCUGGCGUGCUCCUGCUUCAGUGCCUGCUCCUGCACCGGCACCGGCACCCGCACGCCAGCAACCCUGGCCUCAGUUGAAUUCAUCCACACUUGGAGCUUUUAAGCCCUUGGUCACAUCUCCGUCGUCUGAAGGUCGACCCACGUUCCCCGAACCGGCGGAAACAGAAAUUGUCGAACCUGUGUCGUUUGAGAACAACUUUCCUUCUCUUGGAAAUGCACCGGGGCCCGCCGUCAAGAACGCUCCCGUUGUCGCCCCCUCCAAGCCGCGCGUUGCAUGGGGCAAACCGGACGUUGUCUCCAUUGUCGCUGCUCCUCCUCAAAACAAUGGAUCCAGAAGCGAAGGAGACAAUGAAAUCCCUGACGACGAUGAAGCUGCCGAAAUUGCCCGCCUCAAAGCUCUCAUUCCCAAACUCGAUAAACCCAAGCUCCACGGCAAAUCCAUUUCCCUCCGCGAACGGUCCAAGUCUGUUGGCAAGAUUCCCCCCAUUGCACGUGCCGCCACUUACUCCAAGGCCAUGCCCACACGUUCAGUGGCGAAACCCAAUUUUACCUCUCCGCCUGUCAUGAUUUCCAACCGCCCAAAACUCCGCAGCAGUAUGAAAGCCUCUCCGCGGACCAAGGGCUCCUUUCCCCAACCCGUGGACGACAGUAGCGGAUCCAGUACCUCCAGUUCCCGUCGCACGAGUCUGGUUGCCGAUGAAGAUUUCUCGGACACGUCCAACCCUGUCGACGACCAUGAUGAUGAUAUUUUCCCUCUCGAUCCUAUCCCCUCGACUCUCCCACCCCUCUCUACCCCCUCUUCUCGCAGCACGACACCGACCUCGAUCCCCUCGACGCCCACUUAUUCCGCCAAAGACGAUGUCUACUCGUCCACGUUCCAGUAUUCUGCGUCUCUUGAGAAGGAGGAACAGUUUCUUCGGACACUUGGAUGGGAUAAACGAGAUUACUAUGAUGAAGGAGUCGAUGAGAGUGAGUUUGUGAUUACUGAGGAGGAAAAAAAAGAGUUUUUUGAGCGGUGGGAGGUGUUUCGCGUUGGAACCUGUUAGGUUGGUGGUUCUUGGUCUUUUGUGUGAUGUUGUGGGAGGUUAGAUGUGUCUUUUGUAUAGAGAGGUGUAUGUGAUUUGGGUUCGUUUUUUUUUCUUGCAUUUUAUUUGUCCAUGUCAUUUGUAGUGUCAUGAUGUUGAUGAUGAUGACGGUAUAUCUUUUUUUUUUUUUUUUUUUUUGGAAAAUGAAAAUUGGGGACAUGUGUAGAAUGUGUCUUGAUGUUUUGGCCUUUAAUGUUUGUUUGAUUGUGUGCUGUUUUUCAUGGUCUUAUAGAGGUUUAUGCUUGUUGUGCA